AUGGAUAAAUCCAAUAAAGUUUUUUGUACCUGUUCAAAAUGUUGCCACAAAGAUACAAAAAGAGGGAUUGGAUUGUUUAUUCCAAAGUCUACUAGAACUAGACAUCGUAAACGAGACAAUGAGAAUCUAUCGGUUGUAGACUCUAUUUCUAGUUCCAGUUCUGAAACAGCUUCGAUUUUAAGUCUUUCAGAUGUUUUUACUAGUUCUAAAAGCAAAUCAUCUGUCCUUGUUGAGCUACCCGGAUCAUCGUUUGCUGAUAAUAUGAUUUCUACAUCUAAAGGGGAGGCAUCUUCGAGUUUAUCUGAUAAGGCAGAAAACUCGUCCAUUGACGAAAGUUACAUCAAUGAAAUAUUGAUUAUACAAGAUAUGGAUGAGAGUCGAAAAUGUUUCGAUGAGUCUCAUAUAGAUUAUGAAUCAUCAUCAAGUGGAACAUCUUCAAAUAGGACCAAUGGAUUUUCUGACUCAGAUGUAUCUCAUACUGAAAUUUCAGAUCCUGGAGAACAUUUAUACUUAUCUGAUGAAUUGGCUUUUAACGGUGGUAAUGUCAGUCUAUUUCAAGUCAAACAAACACUACAAUCAAUUGUUCCAAUAGAGCCUAUGUGGGUGGAUAUCUGUAUCAAUUCUUGUUGUGCGUAUACAGGAAAAUACAAAUAUGAUGAAUUAUGUGAGUAUUGUCAUAUAUCGAGAUUCCAAACUGGACCUUCAAUGGGAAAAUGA